AUGUUCAAGUUGGUGGUGUUGUCUGCUCUCCUAGCCGUAGCUGCUGCUCGUCCUGGUCUUAUCGAAUCCCCCGUAGUCUACAGUGCGCCUGCAACCACAAUUGUGCACGAGCCUGCCUACGCUAAAGUUGGUGCUGUUGUGAAGAGCAUUCCAACUGCUGUCUCACAUCAAAGUCAAUCAGUGGUUCAUAGCUCUGCACAUGUUGUGGAAGAUAUAGUCGCACCAGUUGUCAAGACCGUUUAUACUGCACCCGUUGUGAAGACAAUUGCUGCUGCUCCCGUAUUGCACACAAAUUAUAUUGCUUCGCCAGUACUUAAAACCUAUGCAGCACCAGUUGUACAUUCCGUUCCUUUAGUUCAAUCUGCACCUGUGAUUAAGGCAAUUGCCGCUCCAGCUUUAACAACUGCUUAUGCUGGUCCAGCUUUAUCGCUUCAUGGUGGUUGGGGACAUGGCGGUUGGGCUCAUGGUGGUUGGGGUCACAGCGGUCAUGGCUGGUAAAUCGUUCAUCCUAAGGCUUAAGCAUGUUCUCUUUAACAUGAAACUAGUGGUACAGGCAGUGGGGCGGUCAUUUUUCUAUUUUUUAAGUUGUAAAUAAUUUUCAUCCCCACAAAAAAAA